AUGAUAUUCUCUAUUGUGCAGCAAGAAUCCAAAGUGCAAACCACAUCAUCCACUACUACUGUCGCUGGUCUGCCCCCUCUACCAUCAGCAUCCUUCUCUUUCAAGAAGGCUUCCCAUCUCAUGAACCUUUACACUCUUGCUCAGACGAGUCAGGCACAAGUACACGAUUCUUCCAAUCAACUGGUUUCAAAAACCCGGACUAUCAUCACAUCUACAUCCAAGUCUAGUAGUAGUACAACCAAGGAAGAACCAUUCACUAGCGCUACGAACAUGGAGCUUGAUCCAGGCAGUAUACUUACCUCCAGAGUCGUCCCAGGAAAUAGUAUGCGCAUACCGACUGCUAUAUCAAAGCCCAAGAGCAAACGCACUGCCGCCGCAAAGGCCACAGUCUCCAAGGUCAAGCCACAAUCUCCUACGACUACGCCUACUACAGCCACUACCAAGAACAAGCGGAUCCGCCGCAAGUGGGUCCGCCGUCAGGAGCCAUUGUUAUGCAAACUAUGA